CGAGCGGCUGCACCCGGGCGGCGUUGCUGAACAGGGGGAGGAGGGAGGAGGUGUCUGUUCCGCGAGCCUCGGCGUUUCCUCGCGCCAGCCCUGGAAGAGGAAGGCGGGCUUCCCGUGAGGCAGCAGCAGCAGCAGCAGCAGCAACUUUUGCUUUCGCAACUCUGCCGGCAGCUGCGCAAGCGGCGAGCUGCCCCGCUCCGCUCCCUGCUCUCGGACUCGCUACGAGGGUCCCGCACCACCUGCCUCGCCCGGUCAGCAUGAGUUUGUGGGCUCGCGUGGGCAUCUUGGGCACCCUGGCGUACUGCGUAGCGAGCAAGAGGAGAGCCCUGGCCGAGCCCAGGAGGAGCAAAGUGCCGCGCGACGGCGACGGCGGCGACCCGCUGGAGCUGAAGCUGGUGCAGGUUCUUUUCCGGCACGGCGCCCGCACUCCGUUGAGACCCAUCCCCGAUGUGGAGCAGGUGGCAUGGGACCCUGCUCUUUUGGAGACCCCUGCCGAAACAAAGUUUGACUACACAGUAACGAACCUCGCUGGUGGGCCAAGGCCUUAUUCUCCUUUCGAAGAAAGCUACAAAAAAACAGUGCUAAAGGGCGGAGUGAAUGCAGGCCAGCUGACGAAAGUAGGAAUGCAGCAGAUGUUUGCACUGGGGAAACGGCUAAGGAGAUGUUACAUUGAGGAGACCCAUUUCCUCUCGCCAGCAUUCAAACCUUCUGAGGUUUUUGUCCGUUCCACUAACAUUGUUCGGAAUCUGGAGUCCACGCGGUGUUUGCUAGCUGGGCUGUUCCAACAGCAGAAAGAAGGACCCAUUACCAUAGUUACAGAUCAAGCAGACUCUGAAAUCCUUUAUCCCAACCCAGUGAACUGCCAUGGACUGAAACUCAUGAACAGAGAGAGGCUGGCCAAUGUGCUUCUUCUGCAGCCAGGAUUUGCAGAGGAUCUGAAGACCAUUAAAGAGAAGAUGGGCCUUGACAGCAAGAAUGGGGCGGACUUCUUUCUCCUUCUUGACAACAUUUUUGCAGAACAGGCACACAAUCUGCCUAGUUGCCCUAUUCUGAAGAGUUUCAUGCAACUGAUCGAGCAGAGGGCUAUAGACACACUCCUUUAUGUCACAAAAUCCAAUUUAAGAGAGACUCUCAAGAUGUCAGUUGGUCCUCUGCUCAAUAUAAUAGAGAAGAACAUUAAGGCGGCAAUGGACCCUUCCUCUCCUGAAAUCAAGGCCAGGAAGCUUGCUCUGUAUGCUGUUCACGAUGUUACCCUCUUCCCACUGCUAUUGGCUCUGGGAGUCUUUGAUUCAAAGUGGCCCCCAUACGCAGCAGACAUGACAAUAGAACUUUACCAGCGUUCCAAGGACUGGUUUAUACGGCUGCUCUACAAUGGAGAGGAGCUGGUUCCAAGAGGAUGCAGAGCUGGUCUCUGUCCGCUAGAGGAUUUUCUAAAUGCCCUUUCAACUUACAGUGCUAAUCCAGAGGAAUAUAAAAUGCUUUGCUCUCAGUGAGAAGAGACGUAGAACAGAUAAAUGAUUAGUAAUACUAAAACAUUAUUCACAACAUUGUCUUUUUCAAAUGCCAUAAAGAAAAGUGUCAUUCA